AUGUCUCUCAACACUACUAGCACCCCAGGAUACACCUUCGCCGCCAGCGCUCCGCCCUCCAAUGGAGCGUCUGAUGCGGAUCCUGUCUCGUUUCUCUAUCCCCACCAUUCAGCAGAGGUUGCAAAGACGUUGAUAGCUACUGCCCAAGCUUUGGUUAAUCCCCGUGGAAAGGGAAUCUAUGCCACUGACGAGACCCCUGAAGGCAUCGAAGCCAGACUAGUUGCCGCGCAUGGGCAAGAGGGUACAGGCAAGACGUUGUCCGACGCAGAGAAAAGAGAACAGAGGAGACGAUGGAGGGAGUGUUUGUACGAGUCUUUACCAACUGACUACAUUUCCGGAGUCAUCCUCUACUCUGAGACUCUUAUCGACUUCCAACUCGCGCCUGUCCUGGCUGCUCGCGGUAUCAUCCCGGGUGUCCGAGCGGACACAGACGCACAUCCGUUGCCUAUCUCACCCAACGAACCGGCCACUCAAGGUCUCGACGACCUUCUGCCUCGUCUACAAGCUGCCCGCGCAGCAGGCGCACGCUUCACCAAGUGGCGGGCACCGAUUCUGUGCAACUCGUCGACCCUCCCUACUCAGGCUGGUCUAGAAGUCCAAGCUGAAAGCCUUGCCCGUUUCGCGGCGAUCAGUCAACAAGCAGGUUUGGUUCCCAUCGUCGAACCUGACGUUGAUUUUGCAGAAGAUGCGGACCUUAAACGAAGCGUCGAGGUACAUGUCAAGAUCGUUAGUCUGAUCUAUGCUAGGUGUGCCGCCUACGGGGUCUUAUUAGAGGGGUCGUUGAUAAAACCAUCUUUCGCCCAGCCUGGACAAAAGCAUCCUUCACGGGCAACAACGUCAGCGGAGCAAAUUGGACUUGCUACCGCGACUGUUCUCGCACGUUCAGUUCCGAUAUCGGUGGCAGGAAUUGUUUUCUUGUCUGGUGGGCUUUCUGAUUCUGAUGCCAUCAAAUAUCUGAACGCCGUCAAUACUGUGGUCAAUUCACCGAAAACCGAUUACCCGUUAUGUUUUUCGCGUCUCCCGCCGCUUACAUUCUCAUUUGGGCGCGGAUUACAAGGUGAUGCGAUGCAGAAAUGGGUAAAGGGCGAUGAAACUGGAGCCAAGAAAGCAUUUGAAGAUAGGGCAAAGGCUUGUUAUAAAGCGGCCAGGGGUGAGAGUGUAUGA